UUAGAACUGCACAUCUGGCUAUAAUGGAAGAAACCUUAAUCAUAUUACAGCCACUUGUCAGCAGCUUCCCCUGCCCAGGACCAAACUGAGUAAAUAUGAGUCAGUGUUUGAUUGUGGUGGAGGCACAGGAUAUAAAGACUGAACGCAGCAAGGAAAGGGCAGAGCAAGAGAGAGAAGCAGCUCCUUUACUCUGAGAAAGCAGCCAGCUGAUCACACAAGAGGCAGAAUGAAAGCCUUCCUCCUCACCAUUGCUGCAGUGCAGAUUCUCCACUGCUCAGGAGUACCAAACCCUGAGGACGCUCUGCGGGCAGCGGUUAUGAAGCUGAAUGAAAUAAGUGAAAUCAGUCAUCUUUGCCGUAGCAUCAGCAGCACAGUGACAGAUCUUUCUCCCACAGGAAAGUUCUCCUACAAUGUGGACUUAGCAUUUUCCGUGAAAGAAACCGUCUGCUCCAAAAAUUCUGGGCUGGAGUUUGAUGAUUCUAGCUGCAGUUUCCGGCCCACAAAGAUUGCUGAGACAGCUACAUGCAGGAGUCGUGUUAAAUACUUAGCUGAUGAGGUACUCGAUGUUGAUGUUGAAUGUCAUGGGUUCAAAAAGGCCAGGGGUAACAGAGACUCACCGGAGAGGCUGAGGAGUGAAAGUGAUAUAUACAGAGGUAACAGAGAGCAUAGUGACAUUUCUCAAGGAGGGAAACCUCACAGCAAACCCACAAAAGGCAGAAAAGGCCACAGAAAACCGUCAGCAAGAGUCAGUCAUAAUGGAGGGUCAUCGGAAUUAACUAACAGCAGUGAAGAGCUGAAACUGUCAUCAAGGGAAUCAUGGAUGGAGGAAUCUCUAAAUGAAUAUGACGAUUCAAGGUCUCGACACUAAUCCAAGAUGAAUCGACUGAAAUGCUUGGUGUGAACACAAGACAACCUCAUCCCGAUUAAAGAAGAUGUUAUCAUAUAUUGUUCAUAUAUAAGGAAAAACAUGUUAUGACAACAAAAGUUUUCUGUACUUUGUGUAUGUCCUCAUCUGUGUAUUGUCUUUCAUGUUAAUGCUCAUAUGAUGAGCAGCAAGGUAAAUGUUCCCUGGCACUCUUCAAACUGAUGUUACUUUUCACUUCACUAGUAAAAUAGGAAUUCUAGUGCAGAGAGUGAGCAACCUGCCUGCCACACUUAAUGCCUGAUUCCCUCAGUCUAGGUCUUUAGCUACAAAAGAACAGGAGUGGGGAGAAAGACAAUUGAAAUGGAAACUUCACACUUUAUUUCCCAAGUAUGGAAAUUUGAAAUUCCCUGCUCUUUUACCAAUGUCUUGGUGGAAGUGAAUUGUGAGAUUAGGGCCCUUGUACCAUGGGUGGAAGUUGAACAAGGAUUUUGGUUGUGCCUUGUCUUAUUGGAAGCAUUCCUCCUGAAAUUGGUAUUACGUGCCAGUCAAGCCUGCUGUGCAAAUUGUCUCAGUCUCCAGAUUUAUAGAGAGGGAAUGUAUCAGAACAGGAAAUACAUAGAAGGUCUGGAAAUGCAUGAAAAGUGAAAAGGCAAUAGUUUUCAGCCUAAGUGGUCUUUAGGAGUUUCUAUAGGCAAGCAGCUCAGAAAAGAACAUACAAAAGAACAAGAACCUUCUUUUCCAAUGAGUAUCAUGUGAGAGCUAAUGUGGCAUUACCAAAAAGUUCACAAAAUGGUCCUUGCUGUGGAAAGUCUAGUCGCUGUAGCCUCAACACAGCAGCCAUUGGAAGCAAAGGUUCAGUGAAAAAAUGUGGAAGGAAUGGGUGGUGAUCGUUGUUCUAUGCCCUGUUAUUUGUUUAUGCUGCUCUUCAGUUGUCUUCUUCAGAUUCUUAUUUAGGAUUGGACCCCUCUAUUCUAUCCCCACAGGAGGUGAGACUUCAGAUGAUUUACUUCUCCACAUCAGCUCUGCACACUGUUCCACUGUCAACUGGCCCAGUGCAGUGUGAGUGUGUGACCGAGAGUUAGCCAAUUACUACCACCCAUCAUUUAGGGAAAAAUAAUGCAUUAAGACCCGUUAAGUAACUGCUAAGGAGAGUGCUUCCUGUUUGGCACUUAUUGAAUUGUUCUGAUCACAUCUAUGUUUUUUGUAAGCAAUUCGACACUGUUUAAUUGAAAGUUGAUCAAUAAAUUGAUGACUUUAUUGCUCAUAUAA